CGUGGGCAUAUGAAAUGCUUCUCUACAAGAAAAGAUUUUACUUGGUGAUCACCAGUUCCCUUGUCAUUGUUAUGAUAAUGCUCUUCUUUGACAAGAAAGUAAAUGUUCCUUUUGUGAAGAACAGCCUUUGCCGAGGGACUCCUGCAUAUAACACCAUCACACCCUUGAAAGAUAAUCGAACCUUCAUCAUCGCUCCAUACUUUGACAACAGAAAGAACAAAAUGACACGAGUGAUUUCAAUAGUCCACCACAAAAAAGUCAAGGAACUUUACUGCUGGUUCUGUCAUUCAGCCAGUGGUCAAAUAUACAUCUCCAAGGCUGAAAUAGAUGUCCAUUCUGAUAGAUUUGGCUUUCCUUAUGGGGCCACGGACUUGAAAUGUCUGGAACCAAAAGACUGGGAACCACAUUAUGUGUCAAUACAUUGGGCUCCUAAAGGAAAUAUUGACCAGCUACCACGGUUUGAAAUAAGAAACCGUGAUCCUGAAGUUUCCCUUGUGGAAUUCACAGUCUGCAUCUCCACCAUGUUUGGAAAGUACAACAACGUCCUGCAAUUUGUGCAGAGCAUGGAGAUGUAUAAAAUCCUUGGGGUGGGUAGAGUGGUGAUCUACAAGAACAGCUGCAGCCCACUGAUGGAGAAAGUGCUAGAUUACUACAUUGCAGAAGGGAUUGUGGAGAUAAUCCCCUGGCCCAUUGAUUCAUACCUCAUGGUUGCUUCUCGUUGGCAUUACUCAGUAGAUCCCAAAGACCUUGGCUACUAUGGACAAAUCACAGCCUUAAAUGACUGUAUUUAUCGCAACAUGUACAGGAGCAGAUACCUGCUGUUGAAUGACGUUGAUGAAAUUAUUCUGCCGGGGAAAUAUCCAGAUUGGAAAAGCAUGAUGCAGAACCUUCAGGUGCAACAUCCAAAGGCUGCUGUUUUCAUCUUUGAGAACCACAUUUUCCCUAAAACUGUAUUCACACCUAAUGAUCCAUUCAACAUUUCUUCUUGGAGAACAGUACCUGGAGUUAACAUUCUGCAGCACAUCCUUCGGGAACCUGAUAGGAAGCAGAUCAGCAAUCCUUCAAAAAUGAUUGUUGAUCCAAGGAAAGUGGUCCAGACAUCUGUCCACUCUGUUCUCCAGGCCUAUGGGGACAGUGUUCAUGUCCCAAUGGAUGUUGCCCUUGUUUACCAUUGUCGGGUUCCCCUCCAGGCAAAACUUCCUAGAGAAUCCCUCAUAAAUGACACAACACUCUGGAGAAACAAUGUUACACUUGUUAAGAAGGUCAACAAAGUUCUACAAAAUAUAGGACUGUAAGCAGGAAACAAAUAGCUGAAAAAGUCCUACCUGAUGUUUGUGACCAUUGCUGGACAGUUCUGUAAGGCAAGGCCAUAAGGCAAACAUCAGGCA